AAGCAAAUCCAGCCAUCAUAACUUUGAUUCGCUUCCUCCCUCCCAAGUCCCACCUCUUCAUUCCUCACCUUAGUUUUCUUCUUCCGCAGACUAAUCCCUUCCGCGCGCUUACAGCUUCUUGCGCUUCAAAGACUGCACCAGCAGCUGACCUUUUCUCUCGUUCAGUUCCCCCAUCUCGAAGCUUCCACCGCCAUUGAUGAUGUUCUAUGCUUGUUAGAGUUGUUGCCGCCUGCAAAAGUUAUCUGAGGUUGAAGACUGUUCACCGCUGACAAUUUAGCUCAGUGUUCGUCACACUAUCAUUUUCCAAUGGAAGAGGAAAAUGCGGUUGAGCUUCUACAAAGGUUCCGGCGGGACAGGCGUGUGCUUCUGGAUUUUAUACUUUCUGGUAGCUUAAUUAAGAAAGUGGUCAUGCCUCCUGGGGCAGUUACGCUGGAUGAUGUGGAUCUCGACCAAGUUAGUGUAGACCAUGUUCUCAAUUGUGCCAAAAAAGGUGGCAUGCUUGAACUUUCUGAGGCUAUACGAGAUUACCAUGAUAGCACCGGCCUACCCCAGAUGAAUAGUACAAGUUCCGCAGAUGAAUUUUUCUUGGUUACCGAUCCUGCAUUUUCUGGUUCACCUCCAAGGAGAGCGCCACCACCUAUUCCAGCUUCAACUCCUAUUUCAGUGGCUGCUCCUGUUUAUGCGCCAUCACCUGUUGCAUCACUAUCAAGUGUGGCAAAGUCAGAGUCCUUUAAUUCUGAGGAAGAGAGAGAACUGACUGUGGAUGACAUUGAAAUUGAUGAUUUUGAGGAUGAUGAUCUUGAUGCUGAGGAAUUUGCCAGUGCUAGGGUUGUAAGACGUAAUACAAAUGAUGCUUCUGAUCUUGUCCCCAAAUUGCCAACUUUUGCUACAGGUAAUAGCGGUUUUAAUCAUGAUUGUUCUAAGGCAUCGCUGAUGACGACAUCCGUGAAACUGCAUAUGAAGUCCUCUUGGCUUGUGCUGGGGCAGCUGGGUAAAGGCCUCAUAGUUCCUUCAAAGGAGAAGAAGAAAGACAAAAAGUCCAGAUUGAUGAGAAAACUUGGACGCAGUAAAACUCAGACUCUUGCAAGUCAGUCCGACCGUGCACCUGGGAUGGCUGGUUUAUUGGAAACCAUGCGUGCCCAGAUGGAGAUAUCUGAAUCAAUGGAUAUCCGAACGAGAAAGGGGCUGCUUAAUGCCCUGACUGGAAAAGUUGGAAAAAGAAUGGAUACUCUGUUGAUACCCUUGGAACUCUUAUGCUGUAUUUCCCGCACAGAAUUUUCUGACAAGAAAGCUUAUAUACGGUGGCAAAAAAGGCAGCUGUACAUGCUAGAGGAGGGCCUUAUCAAUCAUCCAGUUGUGGGAUUCAGUGAAUCUGGGCGCAAGGGAAGUGAGUUGAGGAUUCUUUUGGCCAAAAUUGAAGAAUCUGAGUUUCGUGAAUCUUCUGCGGGUGAAGUGCAACGAACUGAAUGCCUGAGGUCGCUCAGAGAGAUUGCUGUUUCACUUGCUGAGAGAUCAACUCGGGGAGACUUAACUGGUGAAGUUUGCCAUUGGGCCGAUGGAUAUCCACUCAAUGUCAAAUUAUACGAGAAGCUCCUCCUCAGUGUGUUCGACAUUUUAGAUGAGGGGAAGCUGACGGAGGAAGUGGAGGAAAUACUUGAGCUCUUAAAGUCAACAUGGCGUGUCUUGGGAAUUACUGAGACCAUACACUAUACUUGCUAUACCUGGGUGUUAUUCCGCCAGUUUGUCAUCACCAGGGAGCUGGGAGUCCUGCAACAUGCCAUUGAGCAGCUCAACCGAAUACCGCUAAGGGAACAACGGGGUCCUCAAGAGAGAUUACAUUUGAAAAGUUUGUCUUCAAGAGUUGAUGGCCAAGAGUUAUCCUUUUUGCAGUCGUUUUUGUCACCAAUUCAGAAGUGGGCUGAUAAGCGGCUAGGAGACUACCAUCUGCACUUUUCUGAGGCAUGUGGUAAAUCCAUUGGACACGCCAAUUGGUGGUGUCAUUAUUUUGAUCCAGCAGUGAUGGAGGGUAUUCUUCAAGUUGCAAUAGUCACUAGGAGGCUUCUUGUGGAAGAAUCUGAAACUGGAAUAGUUUCUACGUCUGCCAUGGAUCGUGAUCAGAUUGAAUCAUACAUAUCAUCGUCCAUUAAGACUGCAUUUACAAGGACUCUGCAAGGCGUUGACAAGUCAGACGCAAUGCAUGACCAUUCUCUAGCAUUGCUUGCAGAAGAGACCAAAAAACUUCUGAAGAAAGAAUCAAGUUUGUUCUCACCAAUUUUGUCUCAGAGGCAUCCUCAAUCCAUUGUCAUCUCGGCCUCACUUCUUCAUAGGCUUUACGGGAUAAAGUUGAAACCGUUUCUUGAUGGUGCUGAGCAUCUGACCGAGGAUGUUGUGUCUGUGUUCCCUGCCGCUGAUAGUCUCGAGCAUUACAUUAUGUCACUCAUUUCUUCAACAAGUGGAGAUGGGACUGCAGAAGUUAACUUGAGGAAACUGAACUCAUACCAGGUUGAAUCAGUGUCUGGAACUCUAGUGAUGAGAUGGGUCAAUUCACAACUUGGGAGACUUUUAGGAUGGGUUGAUCGCGCCUUGCAACAAGAGCGAUGGGAGCCAAUAUCCCCCCAGCAACGCCAUGCGCCUUCAAUUGUUGAAGUAUACAGGAUUGUAGAAGAGACAGUUGAUCAAUUCUUUGCUCUCAAAGUACCAAUGAGGUCUUCUGAGCUGAAUAGCCUGUUUCGAGGAGUGGACAAUGCCUUUCAAGUGUUUGCGAAACAUGUGACAGAUAAGUUGGACAAGAAGGAAGAUUUGAUCCCACCAGUUCCUAUUCUUACACGAUACAAGAAGGAAGCCGGAAUAAAGGCUUUCGUCAAGAAGGAGCUAUUCGAAUCUAAGUUGCCUGAAGAGACGACAAAAUCACGUGUCGUCGAUGUCCAGGCUACUCCUAUCCUAUGUGUUCAGUUAAAUACUUUAUUUUAUGCAAUCAGCCAGCUGAAUAAGUUGGAGGAUAGCAUUUGGGAGCAAUGGACAGCCAAGAAGCCUCGUGAACAAUUUAUCAAGAAAUCUUUAGAGGAGAAGUCCCCAAGUUUAAAGCAGAAGGGUUCAUUUGAUGGGAGUAGGAAAGAUAUCAAUGCUGCGAUUGAUCGCAUAUGCGAGUUUACUGGUACUAAAAUCAUCUUCUGGGACUUGAGGGAGCCCUUCAUUGAGAACUUAUAUAAACCAUCGGUUUCCCAGAAUAGGCUGGAAGAUCUAGUUGAACCCCUUGAUUUAGAACUAAGCCAAUUAUGUAGUGUAAUUUCGGACCAACUCAGGGAUCGUAUUGUAACAAGCCUCUUACAAGCUUCACUGGAUGGCUUGGUCCGGGUUCUUUUAGAUGGUGGGUCAUCUCGAGUUUUCUACCACACUGAUGCAAAAAUUCUGGAAGAAGAUUUGGAGGUCUUAAAGGAAUUCUUCAUUUCUGGUGGAGACGGGCUGCCAAGAGGGGUAGUUGAGAAUCACGUUGCACGGGUCAGGCAAGUGAUCAAGCUGCAUGGAUAUGAGACCCGGGAGCUGAUUGAUGACCUGAGAUCCAGUAGUGGGGGUGGUGGCAGCAAGCUGGGUGGUGAUACACAGACUCUGCUGAGGAUAUUGUGCCAUCGUACCGAUCCAGAGGCAUCCCAGUUCCUCAAGAAACAGUUCAGAAUACCCAAGUCAUUAAGUUGAAGAUAGCAAGUUGAGAAGAGGGUUGCUAUUUCCUUUUUUUUUGUUGUUUGUGUUUAAACUGGGAUCUUUUUCAGUUUAGUUAUCUGUGCAUAUUAUAUCUCAUUCUGUAAUAUUUCCCUUUGCUUCCUCUCCUUCUCCCUUGUAAUAAUGUAUGUUGUGUAUAUUUCUGGAUGUUUCUUCAUUUUGUUGGCUUCUGCAUGUUCUAUUGAAAUUCCAGAAAACACUUAUUUUUAUUUUGAUAAGGGCGAUAUAUAUUUGGUUUU